AUGGACAUCUUCAUAGGAACUCUCUAUUUGUUCAUCACUGUGGCUGCAGAAUUGCACGAGGCUGCUCACUACACCAGGGUAUACGCCCGUGAGCAUGGGAAAUGUCUCUGCUUAGAUGCAAAGGAACAGUUUAGACAGUGGGAAGCUGCUCGCAGACAGCGCUUCAACAAGGGCCUGGAGAAGCUGCGGCUGGUGCUGCCUGACUGCGACCCCAAGACCAAGGUGGAGAUCAUCCACUCGGCCAUUGAAUACAUCCAGGAAAGCAAGGCAUUCAAGGAGAACAUUCUUGCGGGAAAUGAAGCACAAGAGCUGAAACGUGUCAUUCGGAGGUUAAGAAAGCAAGUGGAAGUCUUGAAGCAGAGGAAUGCCAUCCUUGUUAAACUGUUGCAAGAGACUGGACUACGCAUUGAGUCAGAUGCUUCUGGCGGAGAGAUUAUUUAUACCACUCCUGGUACCUGUGUUCAGAGUAACUGUUCAAAUGCUUCAUGCAAGAAAGUGACCUGUGGGACCCGCAUACCUGUCUUGCUGGGUGACUUGUCUUCGGAGGCGAUUGAUGACGCGCUGGAAGAAGACGAUGCUGUAAAUUCCGGUGAUUUACAACCCAGAGAUCCAACGGAAAAAAUAGCACCUGUAAGUAGUAUCAGAACGCAACAACCUGUUUUUACAGAGCAAGGUACAGGGACUCAAGAGAAUACAGACGCCAGCGAUUCUCCGGAGAACAGCGGAAACAAGCAGGGAGGAAAGCCGCCGUCAGUGGAAAGUUCUCCGGAAAAUGCAUCCGAGGCCAGUCUUCCAGCAAGGAAUUCCUCUGACUACCAAGAUGAAGACGUGGGUGUGUCAAUACCUGCUGUCAGUGAUGAGGGAACAGCCCAAGCACUUGUGCCUCCGCAGGAGAGGGAGAGUGAAAGUCCCAGAAUUGCAUCUCGGUCAGAGAAUGCAGGGCCUGUAAGUGCCUUGUCACAUAAUUUUGUAAGUGCACAGCUGACCAGUUUGUCUAUUGAAAGUGAAAAUGAACAUAUAUCCGUGUUGCCUCAGAACUGUGCAAGUGACUUGAAGUGUGAAAAGACAAAGGAAAAGAUUCUUGUUGAAGAAGUCAGUAAGAACGGGACAAUAACUGUGAGCAUUAUAGAGGAGGAAGGAACACAAACAGAGGAAGCCAGCAAUAAUGGGUCCAGUAAAUUAUCAAACAGGAAGCUGGAUGGUGAAGGAUCAGAUAAGACAAUGGGUACAGCAAAGGAGCUGUCCUUAGCAUCUUCUGAAACCUGCUUGGUUGUACAGGACAUGCAACAUGUCACAGUCCAUCCUGAAAUUCAGCCCCAGUCAAUUCCAGCUACGCAGGCAGUUCCCGUGUCAGCAUCAAAUUUUUAUGGAAACCCAACGCAAAUGGUCACAAUUCAGGUUCAUGGGGGAGAGAAAGUACAAAACAAGGGGCAGAAAGUUGUCCUGCUGCAGUGUGGGAAUUCUGCUCCAGGUACAUUCCAGCUUGUCCCUCCAAUAGCUGAUAAUUCCCAGCUCACUUAUGUGACCCCUUCUCUCUCAGGGGUCCCUAUCAUGUCCACAGGUGUUCCCCCCUCCAUCCUGCAGACAGGAAAUCUUGUGAAGGUCGUCAAUUCACCUCCAGUUCUCCUCCUUCCUCCACAACCCAUGAUAUCAUCCCUGCCACAUGCUACUAAAUUAAAACCAAUUGCACCCAAACCUUGCUCUUGCAAGCCUGUUACAUCCUCACAGACAAAGGAUGUUUCAGGUGGUAUUAUAGCAUCACUUCCCAAAAAUCAAGGACAAGUUUCACCUAUGAAGAAAGAUCUCGUUCACACUCCCUCCAAGACUUCUACCAAAGUGAAGCGUCCUCUCUCUUUAGAGAGGAAUAACGGCAAGGCAGCUAAGCGUAGUAAAGGGGAGUUUUCUGCAGAUUUGCCUACCAUACCAAAGGUUCCUGCAGACAUUCAGCCUUUGCAGUCAUCUAGUCUUACACCAAAGACUGUAACUGUAAACCAGGUAGAGCUUGCUAGUGAAGAUGGUGAAGACUUACAGGAGAUUUCAACAACAACCUUAACAGGUCUUGUUCAUUCAGCUGGUAUCAUGGACUGUGUGGGAGAGGAUGCCUUGGGGAACAUCAUGGAUAUUCCCGUUGAUAUGCCUUGUGUCAUGACAGAAAAUAUAAGAAGCUCAGGGAUAGAGCCUAGCAAUCCCACAGAUGACCGCCUGGUAGAGAUGUUACGUUCAAUUGAUGAGAGCGAUCCACGUGCAUGCGAGUUUUCUCCUCCUUCGUCGCCUGUGAAUGGCACAGACCCAUUGGUUGAGCAGGCCAAAGGGCCAGAGGUGCAGGAUGAAACUGUCGAAGUUAGUUCAGGAGAAGCUGAAAAUAAUAAGAUCUGUGAGGAAAAUCAAGCAAUACCUGCUAAGGGAAAUGAACCAAGCUCAGUAACUUUAGAAAAUCAGCAAGAUGUUGGAGCUAUAGAAGAAGAGUGCUCAGUGCCAACAAGUUCUUGCACAUCAGCAGAAAGUUCUGUUACUAGUAACUCCUAUAGUAUCACAGCUUUAUGCUUGUCAUCCAGGCCUCUGAAAGAACAGUCUUUACUGAAAGAUUUUGGUAAAGCAUCUGUUUCUUCUUCAGCUUCAACUAUUCAUUCCUCAGAUGUUGAGUCAGUGGCUCAGAGGACUCCAGUGACAGUGUCUGCUGAAACUACAGAUCUUACCAGAGUCUCUACUCCACUAGUGCUUCCUAGCACAUCUGGUGAAUAUUACCUUUCCAAAACGCCUUUACCUUCACGUGAACACCUUCCAAAAGCGGCUUCUGCUCCUACAUAUGACAGUGUCCAACAUGGCCACUAG